UUUAACUUUCGAUUUCGGUUCACAACAGGAAAAAAAUGGAGUCUGAUAUUUGAGUCUAAAGCUAACUUGAUACACCAAAGACUUCCAUAAGCGCUGGCGUAUUUAAGCUUUAUGAGCAUUUUCUUUAACAAGUGCACCUUUUCAAACCGGAGCUGUUCCCUGCGCGUCGCUUCGUUUUCAGAUCCUGUCAGUUUUUCCUUAGCUGUCGUCGUUUAAAGCAGUCUGCCAUGUUGGGAGAAGCAGAGCCGCAAUGGUUGUCCGAGGAGGUGAAAACAGGAACAACUAUAAUUGCCAUAGAGUUUAAUGGUGGGGUCGUGCUGGGAUCUGAUUCACGAGUAUCUGCAGGGGCAUCAGUGGUGAACAGGGUGAUGAAUAAACUGUCUCCACUUCAUGAUAAGAUCUACUGUGCUCUGUCAGGAUCUGCAGCAGAUGCUCAGACCAUCGCUGAGAUGGUAAACUACCAGCUGGAUGUCCACAGUAUGGAAAUAGGUGAGGAUCCGAAGGUUCGAUCGGCGGCCAAUCUUGUGAGGAACAUCUCAUACAAGUACAAGGAAGAGCUGUCAGCACAUCUCAUUGUAGCGGGCUGGGAUAGAAGAGCAGGGGGACAGGUUUUUGCAACCCUGAAUGGGCUUCUGACCAGACAGCCUUUUGCUAUUGGCGGCUCAGGCAGCUCCUAUGUUUAUGGAUUUGUUGAUGCUGAGUAUCGCAAAGGAAUGAGCAAGGAGGAUUGCCAGCAAUUUGUUGUUAACACACUCUCUUUGGCCAUGAACCGUGAUGGCUCCAGCGGUGGUGUGGCCUACUUGGUUUCUAUUGAUGAACACUGCACAGAGGAGAAAGUCAUUCUGGGAAAUGACUUACCCACCUUUUUUGAUCAGUGAUACAAUAGUUUUAUUCAUCAUACAAUUUUCAGACACAACUCUAUGCUUUGAAUUGUACUAUAUCCUUAUAAUAAAAUACUUAUAAAAAAUGA